UCAACAUGUAUAUUGAUUAUUUGUAAAACGUUUUUGACAUUUGGUUAUUCUCAGUUCCAAUCAGCCACAAAUACUCUUCUGCAAAGUUUAUUAGGUCAUUCCUUCCAUCGAAUGGUGCGUGACAAUGGUGUUGAUGUCUUGUACAGACGAAAACAACCCGAAUGAUGAGGCGGCGCUGGACCGGAGACCACAUGCUGUUCAGGCCCUUCAGGAUAGUGACAGCGAACCUGACCCUGAUGAUCCUUUAGGUGUGAGUGCAGCCAACGGUGGGUAUAGUUUACUACCCCAGAGUGUUGGAUCUGGCACAGAAUCAGAUUUUGGCGAGGACGAAGAUGAUGCCUUUCCUCAGUUCGGGGGUGGCGGAUAUCUUAUGGAUUUCACGCAACCUCCACACGAGUGGCAACCCUCAGAGCAUGAUUUGAAGCUAGACCAUAACCGAGAUCUUCAUCUGGACGAUGAACAAAUCGCCAAAAUCAAAAGUGUGAUGGAAAAGAUUAGUCUUCCAGUUGCGGCCCGGCCACCAUGGGCUACGCAAAUUUCCGAAGAAGAAUGGAACAACCGACUUCAAGAGCUACUAGCACGCUUUAGGAGAACACAGUCGAAUGGCACGGAAAACAGUGCAACAAGGUUUUUAAGUGAAUAGAAGAUACCCAACAGCCACAUGUUGUUGUAAAAAUUACCAAAUAGUAAAUGCCAACAGUUCCGUCUGCAUCGAUUAACGUAGCAAAAGAUAUGAUUAACUUUUGUUUAAAAUUCAAUCUCAUCUUCAGGCCAAUCACACUGGCAAAAUUUAUUUUCAUGGCCAAAAACCAAUGCACACGACGAAUCUUAUUAAUAGUACCUAACUAACUUGAAAUUUACAAGCGAAAUAUACUCUAGCUUUGCUUCUAUUUUAAAGUAAGCUGUUUACAUCACAUAUGAGAUUUGUCUUCAGUGAUUUAGUGAGUUGCAACAAAUAUUAUAGCUUGACAAAAGCAAUUUCAGUAGUAUUGCGUAUAGUAGCGUUUAAAUAUUCAUAGAAAUAAAUCCCGAUUCACGUAAACAGUAUACUUUGAUUCCUCAGUACACUUGCGCAUGGCUUCAAUAACUUAUACAAAACACAAAACAAAUACACGUACAAAUAAAAAGCAAUUUUGGUAGUGUAAAAAUUA